CAACUUCAUCCUCAAGAAGAGCGGCCAGGAUCCAGCUCUCAAGACAUUCAUUCCUUCUUCUUCAUAUCCAGAGCAGGACUCAAGACACAUCACUCUCCUUCAAUCCACACCCAGACUUUCCUUGGCAGAGCCGCCGGUUUUUUUUCUUCUUCUUCUUAUUCAAGAUGCCUUCCUUCACGUCCUUGAUUACCCUCCUCUCCCUGGGUGCCACCACCGCCUUGGCCGGUGUCAUUGCCCGUGACGACUCGGCCACAGGCGUCACACACACAGGUGAUAUUACCUACUACAACACUGAGAACGGUGUGGGCGCAUGCGGCAGCACUCUUUCAGACAGUGAUUCCAUCUGCGCCCUAAGCACCACUCUCUACGAUGAGUUCACAAAUGGCGGUGAUCCCAACAACAACAGCCUCUGCGGCAAGAAGAUCCAAAUCACCAUGAGCGGCGGGGCCACGGCCGAGGUUACUGUCGCCGACCGCUGCGCGGCGUGCUCCAUGUGGGACCUGGACCUCACGCCGACCGUCUUUGACUCUCUUGUCAGCGACGGCGAGAGUGUGGGCAGGACUACGGCGAGCUGGCAGUUCGUCUCGUAGGGCUUGCCCCAACUAAGACGCCGUAAGGCUUGAUAUGCCAAGCUUUGCCCUGGUAAAGGGUUAGGUGGAUACAACUUUGGUCCUGAUGUCGGCGGGAUGACACACGCCUUGUCUCUGUAUGGAGACGGGCAAGGGACAGUUGGGUGUGUUCUCCGUUUUUUGUUUCUUUUUCUUCUUGGGUGUUCUCUUCUCCUGUUAUGGAUGAUGCUAGGGCUGGCUAUAAAAACUGGGCUUGAUGUUUAGAGACGCGUGGCCGUUUUGGGGUUCUUCUUUUUGUUUUUGCUUUUUCUUCUCUUACACAUUCGCUUCUAUCUGGCCAUUGCCUUCUUUCAGAUGGUCCAUCUGACGACAUAGACGACUAUCUUUUUUGACUAGCAAAUACAUUUUGUCUCG